AUUGCUUUAAUCCAAGAGCAGAAAAAUGCUUCAGCUCAAUCUUCAGCUUCAGCAGAAGCAGUUUCUCGCACUGCCAAAAUUCCACACCGCCCGUCCCCACAAACCGGCGCCGCUGCGCCCUCUUCCUCUUCAACUCACUCGAGUUACCUUUGGAUUGUGCGCGAACUCGGUUUCCCGGUUUUUUCUCUGCAGAGCCAAGGAUAAUUCAGACAUUAUAUCACAGCUGGAACUUGGGAAGCCUGAAGAGCAAAGGAAGGCUGUGAAGCGUGUUAAUGGCAUAUUCUGGAUUCUUCUUCUCAAUAUCGGGAUAUAUGUGGCCGAUCACGUGUUCCAGGUUCCGUUGAUUAAGGAACUGUAUCUGUAUCAUAAUAAUCCUGCUUGGUACCAGUUUAUAACGUCUACGUUCUGUCAUUUCAACUGUAUUUUUGCUUGCAGGAGCCAUCUAUCGAGCAAUCUGUUUUUUUUGUAUAUUUUUGGGAAACUUGUUGAAGAAGAAGAGGGGAACUUUGCUCUGUGGAUUUCCUAUAUUUUGACAGGUGCGGGGGCGAACCUUGUUUCUUGGUUGGUUCUUCCAAGAAAUGCUGUUUCCAUCGGGGCAUCUGGUGCUGUAUUUGGACUCUUUGCUGUUAGUGUCCUUGUGAAGAUGUCAUGGGACUGGAGAAAAAUCCUCGAAGUUCUUAUAUUGGGGCAAUUUGUGGUAGAAAAGGUUAUGGAAGCAGCCCAAGCUUCGGCGAGCUUAGGUGGAAGCUUCCGGGGAGGUGCGAUGCAGAACGUAAACCACAUCGCGCAUCUUUCCGGCGCCCUCAUCGGCGUUGUUCUAAUAUGGCUGCUCAGUAGUGUUCCCACACCAACGGAUGAGAAAUAGGGCUUCUUUCUGUAAGGUGAAACUUACCACCGAGUUUUACUAUGACACCCUUUGUUGAAGGAUUGAUGAUGGUAGUUUUUGUCAACAGUAUGAUGCAAACUGAUAGCAACAGCAUAGGUCAUUGAUGUAAUUUAUCUCACAACAUUGUUCAUUACAGAAAAUACUGAAGGAUGUUUACAUUUAUCAUAUAAAUGAUUGAUUAAUUUAAUUCUCAA